AACUUUACCUGCUGCUCACAUACCUAGGAGACCCCCUCUUGGGGUACAUUGGGCUCCCUAUUAUCAUGGCCUCUCCUGUCCUUUACGGGCAGCCUCCUCCAAGGUGUAACAAAAGCACUCUCUCAUAUUCGGCCUAAAUCAGGUGUCCUGUGUACAGCCCACUCCAAUGCUUUCGUUCCCUGCUGUGACUAUAGGAAGAAUGGCUUUCCUAGUUCUAGCCUCCAAUCUUUGCGGAUCAGAUGAAUGAGAAGCAGAGGUGGCAAGUUUCUGCCUGUCAAAGUGGAGGGGAAAGUUUGUCUGGCAAGUUGCUGUGGGCUGGACUCUGCUUCACCCCCAGAGGGGUGCUGACACACGCCAGGCGCUCCGCACACUGACAGCAGAAGGGGGGAGUUGCUGGUAUUUUGAGAGCUGUUACACACAGCACACGCUUUGCCUUUUUUGGGCUCCGCUUUAGGUGUGUAGAUACGAUAGCCGUGCUGGGGGUUCAGGCUCUGACAUCUCCCGAGCUGGUUUAUUCCCGUGACAUGUGACGUGCUUUGCUUUCAAGGAUCCCAACCGGAUAGGAAAGGAGCUGAAGAAGAAUAGAAACACCAGCCUGUUGCAGCCAUAAAUUGUCCGCAUAAACUUAAGUCGUCGCAGAAGGACAAGGUGCGUCAGUUUAUGGCAUUUACCCAAGCUGGAGAAAGGACUGCAAUAUACUGUUUAACACAGAAUGACUGGAAACUAGAACUGGCCACAGACAACUACUUCCAGAACACAACCUUGUACUGCAAAGACUCAAUGAAAAGUACGGUAGACAAAAAGAAACUAGAGCAGUUAUAUAACCGGUACAAAGACCCACAGGAUGAAAAUAAAAUAGGCAUUGAUGGGAUCCAGUUGUUUUGUGAUGAUUUACACCUGGACCCUGCCAGCACCAGUGUACUAGUAAUUGCAUGGAAGUUCAGAGCAGCUACACAAUGUGAAUUCAGCAAAAAGGAGUUUAUAGAUGGAAUGACAGAACUUGGGUGUGACAGCACGGACAAGUUAAGAGCUCAGUUACCACGGCUAGAACAAGAACUCAAGGAUGCUCUGAAAUUCAAAGACUUUUAUCAGUUUACAUUUAAUUUUGCCAAAAACCCUGGCCAGAAAGGUCUAGAUUUGGAUAUGGCUAUUGCAUACUGGAAUUUAGUAUUAUCAGGAAGAUUCAAAUUUCUAGAACUAUGGAAUACAUUUUUGUUGGAACAUCAUAAAAGGUCAAUCCCAAAGGAUACCUGGAACCUUCUACUGGAUUUUGGAAACAUGAUUGCAGAUGAUAUGUCCAACUACGACGAAGAAGGAGCGUGGCCCGUUCUUAUUGACGACUUUGUGGAGUAUGCAAGACCAUUGGUUACAGGUGGAAAACGCAAACUUCUUUAACCAUAGACUUCUCAAAUGGACUAGUGAUGCUUCUGCCAUUUCAUUAGACAAUGGAGACUAUUUAUUGGCCAAUAACUGAGGAGACCCUGUGGCCUAGGCACCUGGAUAUAAGGGGACAAAGUCACACUCAGACGUUCUGCCUCAAAACAUUCUGGUGGACAAGCUAUAUGGACAGCUUGCGAAGAUGCCCAAAAGAGAGCACUGGCUGUUUGUAGGAUGCUGGCUUCAUAUCUUAUAUUGGUUGUAUCAUAUAGGAUGUAGAAAUUGCAUGAUUUUAUACUUUGGCCAUUUUAUUAAAACAAACAAAACUAUACAAAAAAGUAAUUUAAAGAGCAUGCCAUUCAGUUUACAAGCCAGAAUAAACACCAGCAGUUACUGAACAGCUGUAUUAUAUUGUAUCUAUAUAAAAAGCAGUAUUUGUGGUAUAAAUUAAAUCUCUAAUGGAAACUUA